GGCUUCGAGACCGGUCAACCUUCCAUUUAUAAAAAUUGUUAUAAAAAGCUAAAAAAUGGUUGAUCAACAAAGACGUCGUGUGGAACAAGAAAUGACCAAACUGGUCGAUGAAAUUGACCGCAAUUACUUGCGUAAAAUGCAGGCGACAAUGCAUCGUUGUGCUGCACGUUGCUGCGACGAUGGUAACGUAUCACUGGAUAGAGUUCAACAAUGUGUGGAAAACUGUUCGAAACCAUUACAAGUAUCACAAGAUUAUGUCCAAUCUGAGAUUCAAAGUUUUCAAAACAGACUUCAGAGGUGUGUUAUGGAGUGUAAUGAUGAUAUCAAACUUAAAAUGGGACCAAAUCCUUCCGAAUCACAGGUGGAUAAGUUUACAGCAAUGUUUGAAACUUGUGCAACAAAAUGUGUGGACAAACACAUUGACCUGAUACCACAGAUCAUGAAGGCAAUGAAGACUGUCUUAUCAAAACAACAGAGUGAACAGCAAUCACAUUAUAAAUAGGAUUUAUAAGAAAGGUUGAUAACAAAAGCAACUUGGGCAUUUUCCAUGCAUUUGUUUAAAGAGUUACUGUUAGUGUAGAAUGUGAGAUGAUGUUGUCAGUGCAACAAUAUUGAUACUGUGAUUUAACUUGUUGUACACACACCACUGAUGAAUUACUGCCUGAUUAUUAUGUGAAAGUCAGUAGGGGUGAAAAACAGCCAUUAUGCUCAUAGGUUUAUAUGUACAAAUUAUAUUACUUUUGAAACCUACAUCAAAUUAUUUUAAACUAG